AUCUCUUUAGUUGAACAAAGGAAAGGUGAGAGAUAUGGCAAUUUCGCCGUUUUACUACAAUGCAUGCAUACAUGCAUGUUGUGUGCGGGGGAAGGAAAAGUUAAUUGACGAGCAUCAUUGGAAAGGCUUAUUGUAUUCAUGCAAGAUCAAUUACAAGAAUUAAUAGCUCAUAAUUCACACGCCAAAAUAUGAGUCAGAGGUAGUAGUAGUCUCAAACAGGGCACACCACCACUACUGUCACGAUACUCACUUUUUGUUCAGCCAGACAAAAGUGAUUUUACCCCCGCGUUGAUGGGAACCUCCAUCAUUCGGUGUUCCGAAUCCCAAGAUGACUUAAAGCCCAUCCCAGACCAUCUUACCUCUCAUCACAUGGCUCAAAAAUGUCUAUCGAGCCAGACGAUAUCGUCUUCGCAAAUGUGACAGUGAUCGAUGGUAGCGGUGAUGAAGAACGAUAUCUUGCAAAUGUGAUUGUACGAGGAGAAAAAAUACAAGAAAUACAAAGAAGCAAAGAAGAUCUAACAACACAAGCAAGAAGUAUAGGAGCACGCUGUAUAGAUGGCGAAAAUGGUAAUUGGAUCCUUUGUCCUGGAUUCAUUGAUAUGCAUGCCCAUUCAGACCUUUCCCUUUUGCAUACACCUUCCCAUGAAGCAAAGAUUACACAAGGUGUAACGACUGAAGUCGUCGGACAAGAUGGAAUAAGCUAUAGUCCGGUAAAUGAUGAAUGUAUGCAACGUAUUCGUGUUCAAGUCGCAGGCUGGAACGGAAAUCCGCAAGAACCAAAAGAUUUCUUUUCCAGAUGGAGAUCGGUAAAGGAAUACUUGGAUGUUUUGGACGAUCAAAAGAUUGCUACAAAUGUUGCUUAUCUUGUUCCUCAGGGUAAUUUACGCAUGCUUGCGAUGGGAUAUGAUUCGGGUAAAGCAACCACCAAACAAAUUCAACAGAUGAAAGAACAAUUACAGAUUUCCCUCGAAGAAGGCGCGGUAGGAAUGUCUUCUGGUUUGACAUACGUACCUGGAAUGUUUGCCGAUGGGGAAGAAUUAGCACAACUACUAGAAGUCGUUCACGAAGCAAAGGGUUACUACUGCCCACAUACACGAUCGUACGGAAAAGGAGCAAUGGAAGCCUACGCAGAGAUGAUUGAUUUGGCUCGCAGAACAAAGUGCAGAUUGCAUCUCACACAUGCAACUUUAAACUUUGGUGAUAAUGCCGGAAGGGCGAACGAAUUUAUGACAAUGGUUGAUGAAGGUAUCAAGGCUGGCGUAGAAAUCACAAUGGAUACCUACCCAUACUUGCCUGGCAGUACAACAUUAGCUGCUCUCUUACCAAGUUGGGCAGCAGCUUCAGGAGAUUUGCAAACUGUCUUGAGAGAUCCAGACACCUUUGAGAAGCUACGGCAUCAAUCACUCGUCACAGGCACGGACGGCUGUCAUGGAUGUCGGCUAGAAUGGGAAACCAUCGAGAUCGCAGGAGUACAGAACCCUGAUCUGAAAUCGUGCGUCGGAAAAACGAUUGAAGAAAUUGGAAAAGCACAAGGGAAAGAUCCCUUUGAAGUCUUUAUCGAUCUCUUAGUACGGGAUAAUCAAGCAACGUUAAUCUUGCAACAUGUUGGACAUGAACAAAACGUACGUGCAAUCAUGCAACAUCCAAAGCAUUGCGGAGGAUCGGAUGGGAUUCUCACCGCAUCGAAACCGCACCCAAGAGGUUGGGGAACGUUUACUCGAUAUUUAGGUCAUUAUGGUCGUGAUCUAGAAAAAGGAAAAUCACGAAUGAUAACCAAGCCUCCGAGCGUCGAGACGAACGGUACGGAAGAUGAGUAUGAACCUGUUGAACCAUGCAAGAUCUUUCAAGGAGGAUUAGAAGAGGCCGUUGCACAUCUCACAAGCAGAGCAGCCCGUGUGAUUGGUAUCGAACAUAGUCGUGGUCUAGUCAAAGUUGGAAUGCAAGCUGAUCUUUGUUUAUUCGAUCCAUCAAUCGUUUCUGAUAAAGCUACAUUUGCGAAUCCUACCCAAGCCUCGCUUGGAAUACGGUCUGUGUUGGUGAAUGGUCAAUUUGCCCUUGAUGAGGGAAAGCCGACAGGCAAGAGGGCAGGUAGCACGAUUAGACGUCAUGUCGGAGGAGACGUUUGGUGAAAGAUAUCAUUCCUUUGACGAUGUGUAACUUAUACAAUCAUCACUGCAAUCAAAUCACUUUUUCAUCAUCAUCGACCCCGUGUGCUGCCUUCCUUCUAAAUGUAGAUUGAUCGCGUAACCAUUGACGAUAAUCUUUUAUACUUCCAAUCUUUUCGCCGUAGUAGUCUGGGAGUCUGUUCUGCAUCGUCUGUCUGCUUGGAUCGACACGUUGUUUUGUGAUGUGUUCAAAGAAGAGUUUAUCCUUUUCUUCAAUCUGCUUGCGAUUUUUGCCAUGGAACAAAGACCAAACUCCCGAGCCUAGAGAGGGACCAAGAAGAUACC